AUGCUCAAGGCUUAUGCUCCUCUCAUGAAGCGUCUGAAGGAGGUAGCUCCUGAUACGUACGAUGUGGUGAAGGAGAGGCUCAAGGGCGCCACAAAACAGCUGAGUUUUCUGGAAAGCUUCGAUCCGGAAGGGUGGCAAUCGAUUCCUUCGGAGAAAGCUAAACGCGAGAAGCUGAAUAAAGCCACACGAAUGAUUCGAAGACUCAAGCUCGGCGAUCUCGAAGACUCUGCGAAGAGCAUAUUGAACUAUUUCCGGAAAUCGGGUCCUCAUGCGAUAGACACGUUAGCUACAACGAAUUGUGAUGCCGAGACUUACUGGAAGAUGUUCAGUGAAAGCGGCUCCGCGAUAGAAAAGCUCAUUCACCGCACUCUAGUUGCACCUUGUUCAUUGCACCCAAUCGAAACCCGUGUUCAUCCAUUGCUGGAUCGUGCGCAAAGGUUCAAAAUGACUUCUACUGAACUAUUCGAAUCGAUCGUUGCGGGGUGGAAUGAUCGUCCAGUUCUGGCAGAGAAUGUUCCAAGCCAAACAGAUGCUCCCGAUGUAGAUCUGACCGACAGUCCCGAAGGUAAAGGGAAAAACUUCUCUUCGGAGAACACGGUUGACGACUCGGAUCUCGUGAUUGUCUCGCUCGACGAUAAUUCGUCGCCCGUUGCGAGCUCCUCGUACUCGCCCAUGGCCUGCGAUGAUAUGCGGGCCGAGGACUCCGCUCAUCCAAGCGAAUUGUCUCCUUUCAUAUGUGAAGAUUUUUUCACGUAUUUUGGCGAAGAAGGAUGCCGAUGCUAUUUGCUGCGCGACCCUCCAGUCUUCGAUAAGCUUGACGAUAAGCCCGACAGUAUUCUCCUCGGAUUGCCGGGUGACUGGGGCAGAGUGCUCAAGGUCGAUCAGAAGAGCAUCAGUUCUCGGGGUUCUUCCUUCUUCAUCUACUUCGAUGCUACCAAUGAACAGUCUGAUCUUAGAUAUUAUGCCUCGGGAUUGAGAGACCUGUACAAAGCUCGCUAUAUCGUAUUUCCUUCUCUUUCUACCUACAGGGCCAUACAACAGGCUGUCGAUGACUGAAGAUUAGUAUCUCUCAUUAAUUUAAUGUGACUCU